UACACCAGUGACGUCAUUUGGUAAGCGACAGGCUCAUCUGGAGCAGCACGGAGAGUUGGGGUAACGUGAUUAUUUUCAUCCCCGAAAAUGGUAAAAUCGGGGAAACUUCGCUCUGGGACAGGGUCGAAACUCAAACGGUGGAAGAAAGGACACAGUAGCGAUUCAAACCCGCAGACGAGUCGUUUUCGACAGGCCGCUAAAAGCCGCUUCUUCAGCCGACCCACCGGAAAGAGUGAUCUAACAGUUGAUGCUCUUAAGCUGCACAAUGAUCUGCAGGCAGGUCCGCUGGAGGUCAGUGCGGGCGGCCGUAAAGAUGCCUGUAUGGAAGAGGAGCCAGAUGAGGCGCUGUCAGAAAGGACCUCGGGUACCUUCCUCAGCGGCCUGUCGGACUGCUCCAACCUCACCUUCAGGAAGGUGCAGCGCUACUGGGAGUCCAACUCAGCUGCACACAAAGAGAUCUGUGCAGUGUUGGCAGCUGUUACUGAGGUGAUCCGUAGUCAGGGAGGGAAGGAGACUGAAACAGAGUACUUUGCUGCUUUGAUGACCACACUGGAGGUCGUAGAUUCAGCAGAGUCGCAGGCCGCAGUGGCGUAUCUGCUCAACCUUGUCAUGAAACGGGUUCCUGCUCCAGUGCUCGUUUCUAAGUUCUCGGACACCACCAAGGCUCUGAUGGAUGUCAUGUCUAAACAGGCCACGUCUGAGACCGCCUCGGCUCUUCGAUGGAUCCUGUCAUGCCUGGCCACUUUGUUAAGGAAGCAGGAUGCAUCGGUCUGGGCUUACCCGACUACUCUUCAGGCGUACCAUGGCCUUCUCAGCUUCACAGUGCACAGCAAGCCUAAGGUCCGUAAAGCAGCACAGCAAGGUGUUUGCUCCGUUCUCAGAGGUAGUGAAUUCCUGUUUAGAGAUAAUGCCCCAACCCAUCACCCCGCAGCAGCGACCACAGCCAAGUUCUGCAUCAAAGAAAUGGAGCAGGCAGGAGGCAGCAAAGAGGACACCACCACACUUCAUGUGUUGGGUCUCUUAAAGGAGUUGAUGGGGACAUUUCCUCUGGGAGCUGUCAAGUCCUGUUGUGAGACUCUGCUGCGAGUGAUGACACUCAGCCAUGUGCUGGUGACGGCGAGCGCCAUGCAGGCCUUUCAUAGGCUAUUUAGCGGGAAGCCAAAUGCUUCAACCCUCUCCCCAGAACUCAAUGCGCAGAUCAUCACGGCUCUGUAUGACUACCAGCCCAGUGAGAACGACCUGCAGCCUCUGCUGGCCUGGCUCGCUGUUAUGGAGAAAGCACAUGUUCACUUGGCAAAUUUGCAGAGUUCUCUGAGUUUAGGUCACCUCCCUCGCCUCUUCUCUGCUGCCACGUCCUGCCUGUUGUCGCCUCACGCACAGGUGGUUUCUGCGGCCACCAAUACACUAAAGACUUUGUUGACUGAAUGUGUUGGCCCUCGCAUGGAGGAAAUGGGCAUGAUCACUGCCACAGCCUCUGCAGGGAACCCCUCCUAUGUCUGCAAAAUGUUUCGUAUCAUAGAAGAAGGACUGUCUUAUCGCUUCCAUGCAUCCUGGCCCUUUGUGCUGCAGAUCCUGGGCUGCUUCUAUCGAGUUGCAGGGAAACAAGCUCACCUCAUCAUGGUCAAGUCCCUGCAGUCUCUGGCCGGCCUCCGAUCCACUCCUCAUUUCCCCUUCAGUGGUGAGUUGGACCUGGCUGUAGGAGGAGCUGUGGAGAGCAUGGGGCCUGAAGUUGUGCUGGGUGCCGUGCCUCUCAACAUAACUGGCUACGAGGAUGACUUGGAGUUCCCACGCAGCUGGCUGGUCCCAGUCAUACGCGAUCAUGUGAAGAACACUCACCUCAGUUUCUUUGCUUCUUAUUUCCUCCCUCUGGCCUCUACUCUCAAGCAGAGAGCUGAAGAGUUGGAGCAAGCAGGACAGAAACUUGAGGCCAAAGUCUACCAGACAUUACAGCUACAGAUCUGGACCAUGCUCCCUGGCUUCUGUACAUGUCCUGUGGACCUGCUGACAUCCUUCAAAGGCAUUGCCCGCGUUCUCGGUAUGACUGUAAAUGAACGGCCAGACCUGAGACUCAUAGUGUGCCAGGCUCUACGCACUAUUAUCAGCAAGAGCUGCUCCACUGAGGAAGAAAAGGCUGAAGUGGGUCGCUUCUCUAAGAACUUCCUGCCCAUCUUUUUCAACGUGUACAGCCAGCAGCCUGCAGCUGGGGAGUCGGGCACCUACAGGAUGGCUGUACUCGACACCAUCAAGGUCUACUUGACUGUCACCGAAACACAGAUGGUCUGCACGUUCCUGCAAAAAGCCUUAGACAGACUGAGCAGCACGGACACCACUGAGUUCACACGGCUGUCGAUGAUGGACCUUGUGGUUGCCAUGGCUCCCUCUGUAGAUGAGGUCACCAUGACUAAAACCUUUGAGCUGAUAAGGCCAUAUUUAGAGACCAAAGAGCCAGGCAUGCAGAAGAAGGCAUACCGUGUGCUGGAAGAGAUGUGCGGUGGAGAGAGUGAUGCGUGUAGGUCGUUUGUCGUCGCUAAUCUGGAAACGCUCAAAGCCGUCCUGCUCGAGACUCUGAAAAACGCCUCUUCACCAGCAAAGAGGCCGAGACUGAAGUGUCUGAUCCACAUCGUGAAAAGGCUCAGCGAAGAACACAAAGACUUUAUCACCGCACUGCUGCCAGAGGUGAUUAUCUGUACCAAGGAGGUGUCUGUCGGAGCUCGUAAAAAUGCCUACAAUCUGCUGGUGGAAAUAGGAAACGCAUUUGUCCGCUUCUGUGGGAACACAAAAGAUGCCAUGGAGCAGUAUUUGGUGGUGGUGUACGCAGGACUCACAGGCUCCGUCACCAUGAUCACCUGUACAGUGUUGGCACUAACUCGAAUUGUGUUUGAGUAUAAAGACGCUAUAGAGGUGUCCACUAUGGAGCAGCUGCUGCACAACAUUUGUCUGCUGCUGUCGUCCCGCACCAGAGAGAUAGUCAAAGCCGCCUUAGGCUUCAUCAAGGUCCUCCUCUUCAUCAUGGACCCGAAGACACUGGCAUCGCACGCCACUGUCAUGAUGGAGGGAGUUGGGAACAUCAAAGAUGAUGUGAGGAGACACUUCAGAACCAAGCUGAAGAACAUCUUCACUAAGUUCAUCAGAAAGUUUGGUUUUGAGUUGGUGAAGAGCAUGCUGCCUGCAGAACACCACAAAGUGCUUGCAAACAUCCGCAAGGCAGAGGCUCGCACCAAGAGGCGGAAACAGGCCGCAGAGCAGCAGGACGACUCUGAGAGCGAAGAGGAGGCACCUAAAAUAAAGAGCAAAAGUAUUGAGGACAUCCUUGCAGAGUCGGACAGUGAUUUAUCAGAGGAUGAGGGAAAGGCUGGUAAUGCUAAGAAGAAAGCAGGCAAACAGCAGAAAGGGCGGGCCUGGCUCAAAGAAGGAGAGGAAGAUGACCCACUUAACUUCCUGGAUUCCAAGGUUUCACAGAGAGUGCUAGCCACCAACCCAGCGCUGAAAAAGAGUGCCAAAGUUGAGCACGGCUUCAAGGUGACAUCAGAUGGGCGGCUGAUCAUCAGAGAGGAUGAAGAGGAGGAUGUAAAAGACAAAGAUGAGGGAGAGAUGAAAGAUAUCCUAGAAGAGGCUGGAGUCAAGAGUAAAAAGUUACAGAAAAGGAAGUUCCAAGAUGACAACUUUGAGGACAUGGACAUUGAACCCCAGCUAAAAUAUAAAGCUGGGGGCUCGGGUAUCCACAGGCCCCUGGGAGGAAGGGAAGGCAUCGGGGGAGACUAUAAGUCAAAGAAAGGAAAAGGAGAUGUGAAGAAAAAAGGAAAGCUUGAUCCUUACGCUUACGUCCCUCUGAAGAAGGCCCAGCUCAAUCGCAGGAAGCGUGCCAAACUGCAGGGCCAGUUCAAGGGCAUGGUGAGAGGAGCCCAGAAGGGGGCGCUGUCGGGAAGGAAAAUGCAGAAGAAAAAGGGAAAAGCCUGAAGAACACACUUAUAUUAACCAAUGGACUUUAAAUGUGCUGUGUGUGUGUGUGUUCAUAAACAUACUAAAAUGUAGAUAUACACCUGGGAUGUGUGUGUAUGUCUGUGUGUUUCUGACAGACUGUCAUUGAAGGUGAAACCAGUUUGUUUUUAAACUGUUCCAUCUUUCUAAGCUCUAGAAAUGCUCAGAUUGAACAGUUGUGUGUGUGUGUUGGAUAUGCUGUCCCUACUUUGAUUGAUAUUGAUAGACCUAAUAAGAAAUCCUUUGGCUGACAUAAAAUCACUCAACUGUAAUCUUUUGUGUAUGCAUCAGAUAAAACUCUCCCUUUUGAUAAACAUAAAAAAAUUUAUUUAUGCUUGGACAUGUAGUGUGUGUCCAGAUAUGUAGACAGACAAUACGACUGCUUUGGGAAGAGUGAUGUCUGCCUUUGUUAAGUUUUUUUUGGUCACUUGAGGGCGUUGUUGGCUUCUGGCUUUUUAACUGUUAAUAAGCAUUCAUGAAUGCGUUUUAAGAUGAUUUAAAUACAAAUUUAAAGUAGUUUUUGUACUGAAAAUUUUAAAGCAAUAGUUUCCUCUUGAACAAUUGUCAUUUAUAUCCAGCCUGUGGUUAGUUUGUCAUGUGGCAAUGUGCCUUCAAUGCAGUUCCUCAGAAGACAGCGAGAGAGAAGCUGUAGGUUGUUGUUGGACAGGGUGAGUUAACAUACCGUUAGCCUUCUGUGAUUCAUUUCCCCACAUGCAUUGCAGCAAAAUGAGUCAUGAAGUGAUGGACUGACCUCCUAAUCGCACUCUUUUGUGUCUGAGCUCAGUGUGUCAGUGUUUCUGAGAAGGGGAGCAAAUAUCCUAGACUGAUUCAGGACAUUUUCAGACCAAGCAUCAUCAGCACUGAGGUUAAAUAAGUAUUCGGACCACUUCACCUUUUUUACAAAACUUAUGCUAUAGAUUUUAUUUAAAAUCGAUUAAAUGUUAAUUUUCACUAAACAUAACCCUUACUGCCAAAGUGAAACAUCUUAUUAGUGAUUUGGUUUGAAUACAUUUCAUAGCCACUGUGCACUGCAGGACCUUUGCAUUGGUUGUGUAAAUGGGGAAACGGGUGACAUGUUGUAGAAACAUAACUUUGAAUACACCCAAAAGCAUCUAAAAAUCUUAGAAUUUAAUAUUAAUUUUGCAGUCAACCUAUAUAAAUGUCAUGGCUGGAUUAUUACUGUCCUGAUAGCAGCAUAAGUGUAAUUAGUAUAAUGAAACGGGUGCACAAAUCACCAAAUGUGGCAUCCUGCAAUAUCCAAUUAACUAAUAAAUAUGCUGUUUGGUCUCUGUUGCACUGACA